AUGUCUUUUAAUCCUUUCCCCAUUGGCACCCAAUUGCAUGUGGAGACGUGCUUUGGUGAUCAACUUACUGGUGAGGUUGUGACCUACGAGCACAGUGUCAAGAUGCUAAUAUUGCGAUGCCACAGCAAAGAUGGUAAAGGAAACGAUUGCCACAAUCAGUGCAUUGUGAAUUUGAACUACUGCAAGGACUUGAGCAUUAUACAGGAGGUGAAAACAACAACAGCAACAACGCUGGACAAAGUCAAUGAGUCGCCAGCACGCCUCAAUCUCUCGCUUGUAGUUGAUCAGCGCCUGCAGCAUUCGGUGGCGCAGCGUGAAAACUUGUUGCGCAGCUGCAAUGAGCAUGCCACGCCCCGUGGCAGGCAGCUCUUUAAGCUGCUCGCCAAGCAUUUCGGCAACAGUGAACUCUCCUGGCAGAAGGACGAAAUACAGGUGCUGCAACAACUGAUUAUAAAGCCGCCCUAUCGCAUUUGCGAUAUAACAAGCACCCAGAACAGUCCCAAGUUGCUGAAAUACGUGCAGCGUCUGCUGGAAAAGUUCAAUGAGAAUGCCGCAACUGGUGACAAGGAAGACACGAUCUAA